AAAUGGUAGAUUUUGUUACCAUAACGCUUUCACACAGUAGAUACAUAUUAAAUCCAAACAUUUGGCAAGUUGAAAAUAUUAUUGUCAUGUUUUUAAAGAAAAGAAUCCGAAUAUGACCCUUUGGAAGACAAUUGUCAAAUAUUGAAAUAAAAUCAGCGUUGAUAACUGCAUUGUUUAUGUUUUUGACGUUAUUUGUAUUAAGCCAGACCCAUAUAUAAAACGGAAAUGGAUACAUUUGAUGUGUCGGAUAGGAACAGCUGGUAUUUUGGUUCCAUGUCUCGACAAGAUGCUACCGAAGUUUUAAUGAAUGAACGCGAAAGAGGGGUAUUUUUAGUCCGCGACAGUAACUCUAUAGCAGGAGAUUAUGUACUUUGUGUAAGAGAAGAUACGAAAGUUAGCAACUACAUCAUUAACAAAGUUCAACAACAGGAUCACAUCGUUUACCGCAUUGGGGAUCAAGCCUUUGAUAAUCUUCCAAAACUAUUGACCUUUUACACGCUUCAUUACUUGGAUACAACGCCUCUGAGAAGGCCUGCAUCUAAAAGAGUUGAAAAAGUAAUAGGAAAAUUCGACUUUGUUGGCAGCGAUCAAGAUGACUUACCAUUUCAUAAAGGUGAAGUUUUGACUAUAGUUAGAAAAGACGAGGACCAAUGGUGGACUGCACGUAACUCAUCUGGAAAAAUUGGACAAAUACCUGUCCCUUAUGUGCUUUCGCACGAUGACUGUAUGAAUGAAGUUGCAUUUUACAAAUACGGAUUAGAUAUUGAGCGCUUAAAUUCAUCAGAUUCUCUGGCAGGAUCUAGCAAUUUCAUCGGAAGCACUCUGAAAAGGACAGAUUUAAAUCGCAAACUACCUGCAUAUGCCCGAGUAAAACAGUCAAGGGUUCCAAACGCCUACGAUAAGACUGCGUUAAAAUUAGAAGUUGGUGAUAUUAUUAAAGUCACAAAAACAAAUAUUAAUGGACAGUGGGAGGGUGAAUUAAAUGGAAGAAACGGACACUUUCCAUUCACGCACGUUGAAUUUGUCGACGAUUGUGAUUUAGGCAAUAACUCCUCAGAAUUACGAUAAGAGACGAUAAGGCAAGAACGAUGGGAUAGAAAAUUAACUAAUUUUCCAGAUCUUAUGUAUUUUGAAGUUAAAUGUAUUAAACCUAAGUUGUGAAAAUUAAUUGUUAAAAUAAUCAGGAAAUUAAAUAUUCAAUAUAAAACUUA